AGGCCCAUUAGGCCCGAAUCGUCAUAUUGCUAAGAAAAGAGAAAGCAGAGAACGUCAACUGUAAUCAUUCAGUUCCAGCUUAUCCAUGGCUGCCCUCUUUUCCUUAUCUUCAACUUCCUUGACCAGAACGGCCACUGCUCUUCCUUAUCCAACCACUUCCUUCAAGGGAAAUGUUAGUAUUCUCAACUCAAAACACCUCAGCAUUUCUUCACCCAAACUCAAAUUUAAGGCUGUAGAUGGUAAACACUUGGUUGUUCGCAACCAGGCUGCUGCUUCUUCCCUGUAUGCCUCCCCCGCCGACAAUGUGCGGUUCCGUCUUGACAACCUCGGACCACAGCCGGGUUCGAGGAAGAGGGGCAAGAGAAAGGGGAGAGGUAUAUCGGCGGGACAGGGUGGUAGCUGUGGGUUUGGAAUGAGAGGACAAAAAUCAAGGUCUGGACCUGGUGUAAGAAAAGGAUUCGAAGGUGGUCAAAUGCCUCUUUAUCGGAGAAUCCCCAAACUUAGAGGAAUUGCAGGAGGUAUGCAUGCUGGGUUACCUAAAUACGUGCCAGUGAAUCUGAAAGACAUUGAAGAGGCAGGAUUUCAGGAAGGAGAAGAGGUCUCUUUGGAAACUUUAAAAGAGAAGGGUUUGAUCAACCCAUCAGGAAGAGAAAGGAAACUCCCAUUAAAGAUUUUAGCGGAUGGAGAGCUAAGUGUAAAGCUAAAUAUCAAAGCUCGGGCCUUUUCAUCAGCAGCAAAAGAGAAACUUGAAGCUGCUGGCUGCUCCUUAACUGUAUUACCUGGCCGAAAGAAGUGGGUUAAGCCAUCAGUGGCUAAGAACCUCGCACGUGCGGAGGAAUACUUUGCAAAGAAAAAGGCUGCGGCAGCUGCUGCAGAACAGUCAUCUGCUUGAAUAAUUGUAAAGUUGCAGGUGGUGACAAAUUCCAGGCAUGUGCUUUACUAAUCACAUAUUGCUGGAUGACUCAUUUCCUCUCAUGUCAAUAAUGCCUGUUUGCGUCAAGAGAACUUGAAAGCGACCACAAAACAAAAGCUGCAUCACUCAUGGUGGUUCCCUUUCUCCAUUAUUCUAAUAACUUUGGAUUUUCUUUCCAUCUCUUUUACUCUCUUUCUCUCUCUAAAGCUUUGUUUUGAUGUAAAAUCCAAUUACCCACGAGCCAACAAUGAUAGCCUUUCCAAACAAACUAGGUCAAUUCUGUCUUCCAAAACCCACAGAAAUCCUUCAUCAGCUUGCCCGUUACAUACACUCUCACAAUAUGCUGACUACGCCGCACAUUACCUUAUAUGGGAAUGGAAUUUUAGAGCCUUUUCUAUAUACCUUUGUUGGGAACUUGUUGUUAAUUAGUGUUGAGUAUCUUAUAUUGCUGUUGAGCAAAACGGAGUUGAAGUUUUACACGUUUUCUUUGACCAAA